AUGGCGUCCACAAAAACAAAUCUACCUGCAUGGUUACUGCUCUCUAAAGACGAUAUCACAAGAUCUAUUGAGUGGAAGGAUUUAACAUCAGAGCUUUUCGAUGCAGUGCAACAUCAGCUUACAGAAAACCACGUGUCUUACUUUUCCGAUCUCACAGAUUCAGAGAAAGUCAUGUUUCUUGAUCGUGCUGGUAAGCUUGUUCGUGACAGCUCUUCGUAUCAAAAGCUGAUGGCAACAGUUUCGGAAACUCUUGAUCGAAAUCUAAAUGAAGAAGUUACCCAAACGAUUAUCGAUGCAUCGAAUACACGUACAAAGGCAGAACUUCUUCUUCAAGAAUCCUCGAAAGCGUCCAUUAGUUUGUUGCAAAGGUGGCCGGAUCUUAAAACCAAAUUGUUUGCUUGUUUGAAUCGUCCUUUACCGACAGAGUUGCGAAGGGCAGUAUGGAAUUGGUUUCUAGCGAAUCCGAUCGUUCGAAAAGAAUAUUUAGAAAAGGUUUCGAGAAACAAACAAGACACUGUUUCACGACACGAUGCAGCCAUUGGACAAAAGUGCAAAGCUUUCUUGUCCUCAGAAUCAAGUCAUUUUAUGCUUGAAUCUUCAGCUUUGCUGAAUAUCAUGAAAACUUCAAUAUCCUACCGGGACGUGAAAGUUAGUAGCACAUCAACGAUAGUUGACACAGACUUCUUGUUGGCCAUACCUUUUGUGAAAGUAAUGGUUGCAGACACUCGUGUUCAACUGAUAAAUGCUGAGGAAAUUGCAAGCUUUGUUGAAGUUUACUUUACCUUCUUGGAUUCAAGACCAUCUUUAAUGAAGGACUCCAAAUCUAAGGUUAUUUUUCUGCUAAAGAAAGCAAGAAUUCCUUUGCAGCUUUACUGCUCUGAGAUAUCUGUACAUAUGGGCAAUGAAAUUUCUGUUCAGUGUAAAAAAGUCAUUUUUCCUCUCUUUUCCAUAGGAAUUCCUGUUAGCACAAAAACAGUUUGGUAGUAAAAUGGCUGACUACUUGAAUUCCAAAGAUCAGCAGCUUGCAUUAACUCUGCAGAGAAUAUUUUCACAUGGUAAGGCAGUUGUUGAUAGAGAUGAAUACCCAAAUAUCAGCCUGUGUGAAAAAUUUGUGGCAUUCCCCUGGUCAUGCACCUAAUUUUUCAGCAAAUUAUGAGUUCUCAACUGGUACCUCAUUAUACAAGAGGAAGUUCAACCCUGUAUGACUAUCUAGGAUGGUACUAUUUUUGAGGCUAACAUCUUUUAGUGUUGCUAUUAUGUAGGCUUUGUGUGAGGACAUGGACUACACAAGUUCAAUUUACUGAUUCUUGUUUAUAAUGUGUAAACACACUGUAAUUCUUUUUGAACAGACCAGACAACUCAGUUGGCAGAAAGUCUGGCAGCAAUCAUGAGGUCAUAUGCAAGGUGCAUGUUUGUUGGUAAGAUUUGACUAAAACUGAUCUCAAUGUGUUUAAGUCUUGAUCGUAGGCCUCCAAAAGUAACACUGAUUGGAUAGGACACUUAACCUAUUAAACUAAGAAUAGUAUUCAUCUAUUCUACACUGUUCUCCUCAUCGUUUCUUUUGUUUUUGUGACCUUAAAACUUGAUUCAAGCAUGAUACUGUAAGGAUAAAUAAGAAGCCAGUCACUCAUAGGGUUAAAGGGUUAACUUUCACAUUGCUUCUUUCUACCCAAGAGUGAGGUGUGAUGGACAUUAAUAUCCCAUCAGAUGGAGUAGCUAUACUCCUUCUUAUCUCUUUCUCUGGAAAAAGCAAUAAACUCUGGAAAUAAUUGUUACAAGACUUCACAUUUUAAACCGGUUUUUUUUUAUAUCUUGGAAAAAUCACAUUGCUAUACUUGUAUUUUUCAGGGUUUCUUUCCCUUGAUGUGGUUUGCUACAUUUGGGACCAGUACAUUCUGAGUAUGAAACUUCCUUCCUUCAACUGUAUUGCGACAUUCUCUGCUGUCAUGCUGCUGUUGUUGAGAGAUGAAAUCUUAGUGUGCAGAAAUGUAAGACUUAAAGACCUUAUAUGUCCUAGUUUUAUUUAAGGUUAAAUGCAUACAAGAAUGGUGAUUAUGAGAUUUCACUCUUUUUGCCUAAUUAGACCAAAGAGAUUGAGGAAGUUUUGCUUGCUGGGAGCAAAAAACUCACCAUAAGAGACUUUCAAAGAGUGGUAGGUGCAAUGAUUUCCCUUAAACCUGAAUCAAAAUUCCUUUACCUUCCAAAAUUGUAAGUUAACACAUUAUCCUACAAUGUACCAUGCCUUUUUGUAGAUUGAUCAUCAUUUCAUGGCUGAUUGGCAGAGGUUGGUUACAGAAGAGGUUCAUGGUUCUGAUUUACCACUUGUGGAUCCAGUAGCAAGUAUGAGAUCAAUUCCUGCAUUCUCCUUACCUCAUGUUGAUCCAUUAAUUUACCUUGUGUCCUCUCUUGAUCUUGGCAAAUCACCACAGUUGAUAACCUGAUAGUUCCAUAGGAAAAAAAUAGCAAAUUCUCAUUUCAAAAUGCCUAAAUUCAGCUAGGGAUACCAUUUGGGGAUCAAACUUCAUACGUAGCUUGGGAAGAAGGAGCUAUGAAUUAUUUAUGAGAAAAUGAACGAGUAUUCGAGUAGGUGGUAAAACUUUGAAACUUCACUCGUCUAAGGUGCUGAAUGAGUUGCGCCAAAUGGUAAUCUUUCAAGUUACGUCUAUUUUUCGCCCUAGAAAAUAGGAUUGGUGCAUAUUAAACUGUUUCCGGUAAUUUUUUUUUCCUGUGCCACUUUCCGUGCUAAAAAGAGAGAGAAAAAAAGGAGUUUUGUGAAUAGGUGCUCGUCAAAGGGUUGUGGGCUGCGGUAAGUCUCUGAUUCCCCUCCACUUUUUACCGCGCACCGUAAACGGCCACCUUGUUAAGAAAGAGAUGUAUAUCACAUAAUGUGCGCUUUAAGAAUAAGUAAUUUUCAGCAUUUAUCUGCAGAUAUGCUUGGCGUAGAUCUGUGGUCUCAUCUGUGUCUUAACUUUUAGCAGUUGGUAGGUCUGCGCACCCCUGGUCUGGGUGGUUCCGGGGACAGCCUCCCACUCGUCAGCGAGUCGAAGAUCGGCGGCAGACUCGCGAGGAAAGAGAACAGGAACGACGGAGACAACUCAUGGAACAUCGACGAGAAGAAGCCAGGAAGAAGCAAGAACAAGAGGAGGAGAUGCAACGUCGUGAACAGGAGAUGAGGCAAGAGUUUCAAGCACAGAAAAAACGUGAAAAGGAAGGAAUCGUAGCGCUCGAGAAAGAGCUCAAACGUGAAAGACAAGAGCGAUCAUCUGUGGAAAAGAAGAAGGAUGAAGAGAUUGCACGGUUGCAAGUCGAACUUGCGAGACUAAAACGAGUUACUCCAGUCACCAGCCCUGCUAUACGCUCCUCUGGUGCACCUUCAGUGAAGGAGCCAACUCCAGUUAACCCCAGUCCUCGUCUUUCGAGAGCAUCGCGUAAACAGGUCGAGGACAUGGUUCGGUCGUUACUAGGAGCGACGCUUCACAGCCUAGAUUUAGGUAAGAGAUAAUUCCAAUUAAAAAUCCUGGUGUAACUCAACCCGUUGCGGUUUGUGGUUAGGAAAAAAUUUUACGGAAACAGUACGAAAUCAAUCUUAGUCUGCUUUCAAGUAUUUUUUCCACGGGACUUCUUGCAUUAAUGACUUUAACCUAUCGUCUUUGGGAUCUCCGCGCACUCCCGAAAUCCUAAGCGUACCCGCGGGUGUCAACUCUAAUUGGACAGUUAUUAAGUCUGAAACGAAUCGUCUUGUUAGAAGUAUGAUUUUUAUUUGCAGUGGCCCACGGGUCAGAGGAACAGCGGACAAAUCUUGAUAUAAUCACGAAAGACGCUUUGCAGACAAACAGUGACCAGUACAAAGAAGCAGAAAGAGAGUUGUUCGGCAGGGAACUUAACACCGACGAUUGGGACAGAAUGGACGAGGAAGAACGCUCGGAGAACACUAGGAAGCUUAUGACAAGGUUGAAAGAGAUGAGAGACGAAAGCCGGCUUAACGCGACAUGAACACAGGAGCUAGUAACUAAACAACCUUCAGUGCGUGUGUGCACUUCAUAUGCAACAUUUUAAAGAGUCUAUACCACGGCUUGCUUAAAUGCUCAGCUUACUACUUUGCUCAAUUAAAUGGAUACUCCGGAGAAUAUCAUAAUACCUCAGUCGUAAGUGAGCAGGACUGAGAAGUACCUGAUACAAGCCUUUGUCUGUUAUGCGCAAGUUCAUUAUUACUGCUGGAGGGGUCGUUUCGUUGAUUCGAUUCAAGGUGAACUCUGAACGUUUUAUUAUGUGGUCAAGAUUUCAUCACAGAGGAUAAAUAUGAAUUAGUCCUCUGAACUUUAAAGUCGCCGGAACUGAAAACUUAGCUAAUUGACCCUUGCAGGGCUUUUAUUUCAAUAUACAAAAUGCAAAUUGUCAAGAAAUUGAAGCAAAGCACGUGCUAAGAACAGUAGACAUUGGAAUCAAGCGUAGAUCAAGUACCAGCAAAAAAAUCCCAUGUUUAAAAAUGGUAGGGUCCAUUAGGUCACUAAAUAGUUGUACAAUUUUUUUUUUGCGAAAUCCCGGAAGUAGUAACACUUUGAGGUUAUUGCCGUCACUUACGUGUAGCGUGAGGUGUUGUCUUUGUUAUGAAGGCGGCGUACAUUCUCGAGUUUGGAGUUCGCGCAGAUGGUGGAGUCGAAAUUCUAGUUUAGAGAAUUAUACUUGAUUUGACUGGAUGAAAGUUGAAAUAACUGACGCUAAUUUCAUAUUUCUCGGAUUUACUUAGAAGAACCAGGUUACUUCCAGCUUUUACUUGAGAAAUUUACUAGGGUUUUUUACUAAAGCGACUUACCGAGUUUUUUCGUGAAUACUUUCUUGUGAGGUUCGCUUCUCCUUGCGCAUACGAGGGCACAUUACUGUUUACAAAUGCGCAGACGCAGAACUUAGGUAUCCAAUUGGUUAUUAAAAAAAACAAACCUGAUCACAAGAUGUGAAUCUCUACUGCACAUAAUGACACCGCUUGAUUUGGACGAGAACUUAAGACAAUGGCGAAACAAAUUGUCAUUUCCAAAUAAACGAGUAUGGGGGUCUCUGUUCUUUUCUUCUUUGAAUUGAGGAAACAAAAAAGGCAAGCUAUUGUUUUAAAAAAGAUGCAAUAUGCCGUAUAUUUCAAUUGUCUUUGUUUAUGUACAAGCAUCACCUUUUAGCCUU